CUAAAACCUGUGUUCCUCCCUCCAAUAGAGUCACUAACUCUCGCACAGGGUACUCUAUAACCACACUCGUCUUGGGGGUCGAUAGAAGUGAGACUUUGUUUUUGUAUGUGUGUCUCCACACAGCGAUAUAAAAAGAAGAGAGGACCGAUGAACAGUGAAUUCAAUUUUUGAAAAGUUAUGAGUAUGAGUAUGAGUAUGAAUUAUACGUCUCCGGCGCCGCAGAUGCCGACACAGAGAUCCACAUCUUUCUUCAUCGAGGACAUCUUGUUACACAAACCCAAGCCCCUGCGGGAAGUGAUACACUCGCCGUUCUCGAGCUCCCUGGCGUCUCGGAUGCCCCUCCUGGAGUACGGAUACCCGCUGAUGCCCACACCGAUCCUGGCGCACCCGCACCACGGGCUCCACAAGCCGGAGCACCACCAGUACUUCUUCACAUCUGGGAUGCAAAUGCCCGCGUUGUUUCAGCAUCACCCCGAGCUGCCGGGCAAGCACUGCCGGCGUAGGAAGGCUCGCACAGUGUUCUCCGACUCGCAGCUGUCCGGCCUCGAGAAGAGGUUCGAGAUCCAGCGGUACCUGUCAACGCCCGAGAGAGUGGAGCUUGCCACGGCGUUGAGUCUUUCAGAAACACAGGUGAAAACGUGGUUUCAAAAUAGGCGGAUGAAGCACAAGAAACAGCUGAGGAAGGCACAGGACGAUCGGAAACAUUCGAGUGACACGGACCCCCGGUCCACGGAGAACUCGAGCGAGAGCGAAGUGAACGAGAAGCACGCGGAGGAGCUGAAGGGCGGGACGGAGCCCGGCUCCUACCUGCUGCACGAGGACGAGGACGAGGACGAUGUGGACAUCGAGGAGGACAUUUGCUCCCCGGAGCAUUUACUAUAGUAGGCCUGGCUGCCCUGCGUGGUGUUUGUUUUAUAAACGGGACGACGAAAAAACACAAAUAAUCUACAGACUUUCCCUUUCGAUAAGAGGCGGCGGCUAUGUUGCUUUGUAAAUAGUAUAUGACCACGUCAAUAUAACGAGCAUGACAAUAUUGCAUUUUUUUAAAUUAUGGAGGCUAUUGUUAAUAUUGUUAUAAAUAUUGUUUGUUUUAUUUUUAUUCGUAGUUGUAGUAGUAUUAUAAUAUUCCAUUACGCAGUAUUUAAAUAGGCCUACUGUUUAUAAUCGAUGGGAAAUACACCAUAAUUCCUUCUGCACUUUUCAAUAGCGAAUUUCUUACCAAGCACAGUUUGUUACUAAAGGCUUUUUGGUUUUGUUAUUUUGACACACACUGUCAAAAUAAUAUAUUUACACUUUUUCGAUUAUUGUCUAAAUAUACACAAUAGGCGUAGGCCUACUAUUGUCAAUGGCAUAUUGUCGGAUCAUUUUUUAUUAGGACUUUUCAUAAUUAUUCUGUUAUUAUUAUGAUUAUAUCAUCUCUUAUUUCAUCCUAUUAUUACUGAUAUUGUUAUUAUAUUAUCCUAUUGUAAUUAUUAGGCCUAUUAUUAUUCCCAAAUAACUGCAAGCAGUCCCAAAAUGUGUGUAUCUGUAUUGUUACUGUCAUGGUGGGCUGAAACGGCCCUCUUUGUACCCCUGCCCGCUGCAUCCAGCGGGCCACAGACCGCACAUGGCUGUCUGGGACUCCGAGCUGCGGAGAAAUGGACUGAAUGCGUGUAAAUAACAUAUUUUCUAAUUUUGAAUAGGCUAUGCAUAGCUCAUAUUUAGAUCUGUCUUCUAUGGGCACUGUGUAAAAAUGAGCAGUUAAUGUUAUCCAUGUAGGUCUAUAUUACCACAUGUCUUCAAUGUCCAUUUAAGAAUAUGUCUUGUUGAUUGUAUAGCCAUGAUCUGUUCCGUUCCCAAUUAAAUGAUAAUAUACAAUGUAUUGUUGAUAUUCAGAGACGCUUGUUGCAUG